AAAAAAACAAUUUAAAUGUUGAAUGAGUAGACACAACAGAAUAAUAGAUGUGAGUCACAGAAGGGAAGGGUUGUUGUAAAUUUGUAGUUGCCUUUUGUGUUGUUUGGGUUUAGGGUGUGACAGAAGACACGAUGGACUUACUAGAACUAUGGGCAAUUUUCGGCCCCGGCGUCGCCGGCGCUGUCUUCGGCGCCGGUUGGUGGAUCUGGCUUGACGCCGUCGUCUGCAGUUCAACCACCGUUCCCUUCCUUCACUACCUCCCUGGAAUUUUCGCAUCUCUUGCGGCUUUGAUGUUCAAUUGCGUCAGAAAAGAAGACAUUGAUUACUCUCCCUACGAUGAAGGCGAGUGGAGACUGAAGCUGUGGCUCUUCAUUGCAUAUGUUGUAUCCUUUGUUUCUUUAGCUGGAUCAGCGGGUCUACUGAUCCAAGAUUCACUUGAUAAAUCUGCCCCAUCAGUGUGGACUGGAGUUGCAGGUGUUUUGCAGGGUGUUUUAGUCUUGAUCAGUGGACUGAUUUAUUGGACUUCUCAUCCUGAAUAAGGCCAACCGGUAAGGCGAGAUCUGAGUUGAAGCUUUAAAUUACGCCAGGUUAUGUCUUCCCAUGUAUGUAUCAUUUUGUUUGAUGUGAUGGGAAAUAGUUGGCUUCAUGUAAAUCAGCAAAUGUAAAUUGUGCAGACAACCUUGAGCCUCUGGGUAGAUUCAUAUUACUUGUUUCAUAAAUCAAGAUCUGUCAACGGAAGUAAUUUCACGUGGUAUCUGUUAUGACUUA